CUAAUAAUGCUUAUCUGGUCAUUGGAUACAGGUCAAACAUGGUCAGCACCGAAACCCGGGAAAUCCACGCCUGAACGGCCGAGCCGAUUGGGAAGCGCACGCGCCUGCCGCCGCUGCUUUCCUCGUGCUCCUUUCGUUCGCAGAGGCGACGGCUCGGAUCCCUCUCCUCCAGCCGUUCGCGCCGCCGUCAGCUCGAUUGGCUCCGCCUGAAUAUCUAUUCCCCCUUCCCCGUAAGGGCCUGACUUGAAAGCCUCGCUUCUUGAUCCCGGCGGCGGCGGCGGCGGCGGAGAGGGAGGGGGGCGAUGCCGAAGCGGACGACGCACACGUACUCGAGCGAGGACGCACUGCCGGAGGGCCCCGAGUCCGACCUCUUCGUCUACUACUGCAAGCACUGCGCCUCGCACGUUCUCAUCACCGAUACCCAAUUGCAGAAAAUGCCCAAGCGAAAGACUGACAGAGCACAUGUUUUAGACAAGGCUAAGCAUCUUUCAAGGCUAAAUGUGAAGGAGUCAGGAAAAGUAAUGUUGAAACGUGGUGAAGGAAAGCUUGAAAAGCAGUUCCGCAUGAGCUGUGUGGGAUGUGACCUUUUUGUUUGUUACCGAUCAGAAGAGGAUCUGGAGGUUGCUCCUUUCAUAUACGUUGUUGAUGGAGCACUGAGUUCAGUUGCAGCUGAGACAAAUCCACAUGAUGCUCCUGUACCUCCUUGCAUCACACAACUGGAAGGUGGACUUGUCCAAGUAGCCAUUGAAGUGGAAGACCGGGCACAACGUUCAGCAAUAACAAGAGUGAACGCAGAUGAUGUUCGAGUAACAGUAGCUGCCCCUGCUGCUCGAGGGGAGGCUAACAGUGAGUUGCUAGAAUUUAUGGGCAAGGUUCUUGGCCUAAGAUUGACUCAGAUGACCCUUCAAAGAGGAUGGAAUAACAAAUCGAAGCUUCUGAUUGUUGAGGAUUUGUCUGCACGGCAAGUGUAUGAGAAGCUCCUAGAAGCUGUACAACCUUAGGAACCCUAGUGAUGGAGCAAUGUGGUAUACUUUUGGAUAUUCUCUAUUGAGGGCACAAGGGUCCCAUUCAUUGUGCAAGAGGAGGUGCUUAGACGUGCUGAGACUAGGUCGAAAACAUGACUGAAAUGUAACUAGACCAAAGCAAUUGGCCAAUCUGGGCAGUAUCGGACUCAUUAUCUGUUGUGAAACUCAGACACUACUAUGUCCUCUGAUCUGAAGGGAGGUUGUUUGUCAUUUCUUAAUUCUGACCCAGACUGUUGUUA